UUGGCCACGCAAUAACCUCCGGACUGUUGACGAACAAGGAACACUUGCCAUGGACAACGGACCGACGGAUGCCACGCCCACUGCCGCCGCCUUCCGGCUGAUUCUGCUUAGCAAAUCGAAUCCCGUGAUGGGCUGCUACAUGUUCUGGACCAGUCUGCUCGUGCUGAAGAUGCUCGUUAUGUCGCUACUCACCGCCCGCCAGCGCAUGAAGACCAAGACCUAUGCCAACCCAGAGGACUUACGCCUCAGUCGGAGUCCGGAGGUUCGGUUCGGGGAUCCCAAUGUGGAGCGAGUGCGUCGUGCCCAUCGCAAUGACCUAGAGAACAUUCUGCCCUUUCUUCUGAUGUCGCUGGCCUAUGUGGCCAGCGGACCGAAUCCCUUGACCGCCCGUCUGCUCAUCCGGAUCGGUGCAAGUGCCCGGCUGCUCCACACGGUGGUCUACGCCAUCAUCCCGGUUCCGCAGCCAGCAAGAGCCCUGGCCUUCUUCACCACCUUCGCCAUCACCUGCUUCGAGGCGGGCUACGUGCUCGUCUGCUGUAUCAAGUACAUUUAGACUACUGCUGACCCCACUUUGCCAACUAACUACUCCUCACCCACUCGCAUUCAUAGCACCAGUGAUGUCAAGGUACAGAUUUGGGUGCUCAUUUUUAGU